CGGAUCCCAAAUUCAGUUUUCCAAUUGCAAAUGUGACAGCGUCUGUGGGGCGUGAAGCGUUUCUAACUUGCGUUGUACAAGAUUUGGGUUCAUACAAGGUUGCGUGGCUGCGUGUAGAUACUCAAACAAUUUUAACAAUACAAAACCAUGUUAUCACAAAAAAUCAACGUAUCGGCAUAACGAAUUCCGAACAUAAAACGUGGACAAUGAAAAUCAAAGAUAUCAAAGAAAGCGAUAAAGGCUGGUAUAUGUGUCAAAUAAAUACAGAUCCAAUGAAAAGUCAAAUGGGCUAUCUGGAUGUGGUAGUCCCGCCGGAUAUCCUCGAUUAUCCCACCAGCACGGAUAUGGUUGUACGCGAGGGUAGUAAUGUGACGCUCAAAUGCGCGGCUACCGGCUCACCAGAGCCAACAAUUACAUGGCGGCGCGAAAAUGGAGUAGCCAUUGAAUUGGCCAACGGUACAGAGGUGCUCAGCAUCGAAGGUGUUAAUUUAGUUUUGCCGCGGGUAAAGCGGCAGCAUAUGGGCGCCUAUCUUUGCAUAGCAUCGAAUGGUGUGCCGCCAUCAGUGAGCAAACGAAUAACGCUGAUUGUACACUUCCCGCCAAUGAUUACAGUGCAAAAUCAGCUAAUCGGUGCAGUGGAAAGUAAAGGUGUUACACUGGAAUGCCAAUCCGAAGCCUUUCCUAAGUCAAUUAAUUACUGGACGAGAGAACGCGGGGAUAUAGUGCCACCAGGUGAGUAAAUAAGCAGAAAUAAAAAUA